AUGGCCACCAAGAAAUACAUCUGCGCGUUCUGCGCCAGGGCCUUCACCCGCUCCGAGCACAAGCAGCGCCACGAGCGCUCCCACACCAACGAGAAACCGUUCCACUGCCUCCAUUGCACGUCGUCGUUUGUGCGCCGCGACUUGCUCCAGCGUCACUGCCGCACGGUCCACAACUUCCAGUUGAGCCUGGCCCAGAUCCAGCAGGGCGAGGACGACCACCGUGCUGCGGCUGCCACUAGCUCGCAGUCGCCACCAGCGCCAGCAGCGUCUGCGCAGACCGCCUCCACCCAGACCGCCUCCACUCAUCCCGCCACUCAUGCCACUACCCACGCCUCCACUCACGCCCCCACCUCCCCCCACCAUCAUCCCGACCCCAAAAAGCGCAAAAAGUCCGAUGACAAGCCAGACCUCACAAACCACGAUCUCAUCCACCUCCUCUCCAUCACCCGCAAGUUGGAGCUGGUGCUCGUGCUGGUCGACGCGUCCAACGCAGACUACGCCCUCAACGACUACUUCCUCAUUGGCUACAUCCACUUGGUGCUGGCAGCCCAGGACUUCCACGUCUUUGACCGUCUUCUCAAAGACCUUUUUUCAUACUUGAACUCGUUCAAUGUCAACGCACGUGACAAGCACCUCCACCACCACCCCAACCUCUUCAAGGUGGGCAUCAUCUACGCCGUGGUGUCGCUUGGCUACAAGGCCAACCGCAACCGACGCGACGCGUCCAAGUUCUUGUUGAAGUCGUGGAAUCUUUUGAUCAAGAAGUUGAUUCCAAACUACAACAACGACAACAACGUGUUGGACCAGAUCGAGAUCUUGAACAACUUGUUCUUGUUGCUGUACAUCUACAUCGAGUUCGACUACGCCAGCUUCGACGGCGACGAGUUCGAGGACGAGGGCACGUUGAUCAGCGACGACAUCAUCCUCAACUACCUCAACGACAUCAGCUACAUCAUCUUGUCCAACUUGAACAAUAUGAGCGCCUCCAACGACAACAUCAUCGACGGCAACUUGAACAUGUUCUGGAACAUCUACAUCUUGCUUUCGAACGCGUUGAAGGGCGGGCCUCCCAAGUUCUACUCGUUCUUCGUGCACAGACGCGUCGUCGAGGACGCCAGCGACGACUCCCAGCCGUUGACGCUCUUCCUGGUGAUGUCACAGCUCUCCAAGUCGUUCAUCUCGCUUCCUCCGCAGUCGGAGGCCGAGGCCAAGUUCCUCAACAGCAUCAUCAUCUCCACGCUCUUCAACGAGUUGAAGUUGUACCUCUCGGGCGAGAACUUCUUGAUCUUCUCCUCACGCAACUACCUCCACAACUCCAUCAUCUUGAUCAACAAGUCCAUCAACAUCCACAACAACCUCACCAUGAUCUCCACCCCCAACGACCUCUUGUUUGCGGCGCCCACCCAUCCACAGUCGCUCAAGUUGUUCGAGUUGUUCAAGAAGAACGUCAUCAUUAACAGUCCCCUCAAGUUCCACGAGUUGUUGAACAACUACCUCUUCAUCCCCGCAUACUUCUACAACUGGCAGCUCCUCACCAUCACCCUCCAGGAAAUCAACAUGAACUAUCCCAUCAACCAGUUUGUCAUCGACUACAUGUCGUCCCCAAACCCUCAGACCUUGAACGUCAACUUGACGUUGUCCAACUACUUCAACUACAAGUCCAAUCCCGUGGAAAUCAACAACAACUUGAGCAUCAUCAGUUUCCCCAUCAUCUUCUUCACAAAGUACUUGCACUUGAACAUCAUCGACUUGAAGUCCUACAACAUCCUCCAGCUCAACUUCAUCAACACCUUCAUCAUCGAGUGGUUCGUGAUCAUGAACAAGAUCAUCAUCAUGAUCUGGAACAACACAGAGUUGUUCGACGACAACUACAUUCUCCAGAACUUGAUCUACUUGUUGUUGGACAAUAAGAACUGUCUCUCCAAGAAACUUAACAUCCAGUCCAACGGCCCCGAAGAGGAGGACUUCACUUUCAACCAGAAGUGGUUCUGGGUCAUCAAGCUCAAGCUCGACCACAUUUUCGAGUCCUGGAUGAACUUGGUCAAGACCCCCAAUUCCACCUCCAGUGUCCUCAGAAACAGCAACAACUUGUCGAUCCUCAAGGUGAACAUUUCCAAGUACAUCAACGACUUGAUACAGCGUGAGGUGGCCAAGUUCCAGGAGGAAAGGUACACUGCUUCUGCUGCGCCAAUGAACUCAAUGUACUUGAACUACUCUAACUCGUACAAUGUGCUCAACAACGAUUUUGACCACAUGAUGGGCACUGGGGCCAGAAGAGCCAAUUCUAUCACCUUGGGCAUCUUGGGAACCGGCAAUAAUACUUCGGAUCUCAUCAAUAAUGUCAGUCCUGUGAUGUCUAACAGCUCGUCCAGCUCUUCUGCUUCGGGUCCUGUGAGACAGGGCUCCAUUGGUAUGGGCAAGAAUUACAACUCCCACGCUCCAGCACUCGCAACAGGGUUGGGGCCUGCUCCUGCGGCAGAAAUCCCCGUUCUUCCACCCAUCUUGGGCAAGAGCUACGGUGGAUACGAAUUCCAAGGAGACAAGAUCGAUGUCAAGGGCGAAGCAAAGAUGGUGCCAGGGGUGAUGAAGCGGGCCUAG